UGUCAGCUCGGUCAUGUGAUUGGACACAGCUGAUUGCAUGUAAACAGGGAAAUGCUGCUCAUGAGGAGAGGAGAGCCGGUAAUCGGCAUUCCUCGGAGGGGACAUGUACACUGAUCAUCAGAGCACUGAUGAUCAGUGUGCCCUGAUGAUCAGUGUAGCUCCAGCAGUGCCACCUGUCAGUGCCCAUCAAUGCCAGCUCUCAGUGCUCAUCCAUGCCACCUGCCAGUGCCCAUCAGUGCCACAUCAAUGCCACAUAUCAAUGCCACAUAUCAGUGCUCAUCUGAGCUGCCUUUCAGUGUCACCCACCAAUGCCAGUCAGUGCCACCUAUCAGUGCCAGUCAGUUCUGCCUAUCAGUGCCGCCUAUCAGUGUCCGUCAGUGCCGCCUAUCAG